CUUCAGGCUGCACUUUGGGGUACCUUUUAACGUAUUCCUCGGAAAUAAUAAACCGCAUCGCUUGUGGGAUGAGGAGUAGGGUAGCUAGGCCGUAGCUAUUGUCCGAAGAAUGCGCAGCCUGGAAAGGUUAUCGGGCAGCGACCAGGACUGCGCUGAUCAGGAGAUGUACAUCGACCUGGAUGACGCUUCCGUUGAUUCCCUGACCGGGAAACGAAGCCGGCACGAUGUCGGCGGCGCGGAGGCGGGCGAAGAAAGCGACAGCAGCGGCAGCGAAAGGAGCCCGAAACAGGCGAAAAGACGGAAUCGAGGGGCGCCGCCGACGACGAGGAGACGCAAAAGCGGAAUUUCGGCGAGAGAACGGAAUCUCCGGAGGCUCGAGAGCAACGAGAGAGAGAGAAUGAGGAUGCACUCGCUCAACGACGCAUUCGAGCAACUCAGAGAAGUCAUACCACACGUGAAAAUGGAAAGGAAACUGAGCAAAAUCGAAACCCUGACGUUAGCCAAAAAUUACAUCAUGGCCCUGACGAACGUCAUAUGCGAAAUGCGAGGGGAGGAACAGCCUUACACAUUCGUUGAUGGAGAAUGCGGUUCGAACAGCGGUGACAGUACGGGACAGCUUGAAUUGAGCGGGGGUGAACAGCCGGAGGAAGCAUCGCCGGAAUCGAUGCACGAAACUAAUAACAACAAUUUACUGCACGAGAAUUUGGAGCGCCGGAUACCAUAAAACUUUCAUAAUCACGAAACAAAUACGCAUAAAUUCAGACUGAACACACAAUUAAAUAAAUAUCAUACAUUCGUGUGUCGGUGUGUCCAAAGUGGAGUG